UUAAAAAGAAGAAGAAGAAGAUUGUUUGUCAAUCACUUUAUGGUUUACGUGUUUAUCACCUGUCGAAAUUAAUGGAUAAUUGCAGCUAAAUCCUGCACUAUGGUGGUGUUUCGGAGAGUUCAACCGUUCCACAAACUGCAGUUUGUAUCCAGGUGGCUAAAGCCACAAACCUGCAGUGUGACCGCACCCAAAACUGUUCCAGAAAGGAUCCAGCAACGACAUGCACACGAUGCUGCUCCGACUCGGCGACCUUUCUCCCGAGUUACACCUGAUGACAUCAGCUUCUUCAGUGAACUUCUCCCAGGAAGAACCAUCACAGACCCGGACGUGUUGGAGUCCUGUAACGUCGACUGGCUCAAGGCAGUGAAAGGUAGUAGUGAGGUUCUGUUACGGCCCAAGACGACAGAAGAGGUCUCUCAGAUCCUCAGGUACUGCAAUGAGAGGAACCUGGCUGUGAGUCCUCAGGGUGGAAACACAGGGCUGGUGGGAGGCAGCGUUCCCGUGUUCGACGAGAUCAUCCUCUCCACUUCACUUAUGAACCAAGUCCUCACCUUUGACAGCAUCUUGGGGAUUUUGACCUGCCAGGCGGGCUGCGUGUUGGAGAGCCUGUCUCAGUACGUGGAAGAGCGUGACUUCAUUAUGCCUCUGGAUUUGGGGGCAAAGGGCAGCUGCCACAUCGGCGGCAACGUGUCUACCAAUGCGGGCGGACUUCGCUUACUGCGCUACGGCUCCCUCCGAGGGACAGUUCUGGGCCUGGAAGUGGUGCUGGCUGACGGCAGGGUUUUGGACUGUCUGGCAAAACUGCGGAAAGACAACACGGGCUAUGAUAUGAAGCAGCUCUUCAUCGGUUCUGAAGGAACGCUUGGGGUGAUCACUGCCGUGUCCGUCCUCUGUCCUCGGAAACCCAAAUCUGUAAACGUGGCCUUCUUAGGCUGCUCAAGCUUCCAGAACCUUCUGGAGACGUUUCAGGUUUGCUGCAGGAUGCUGGGAGAAAUCCUCUCGGCUUUUGAGUUCCUAGACGCCUCCUGCAUGAGCCUUGUGGAGAAACAUCUCAAGCUUGCCAACCCCAUCACUGAGAGCCCUUUCUACAUCGUCCUAGAGACGGCUGGAUCCAACGCGGCACACGAUGCGGAGAAACUGCACGACUUCCUAGAAAAGGUCACGGCGUCUUCACUGGUUGCAGAUGGUACCGUUGUAACAGAGGAGGCUAAAAUAAAGGCGCUUUGGUCUAUAAGAGAGAGGAUCACCGAGGCUCUAAGGCACGAUGGAUACACGUACAAAUACGACAUCUCUCUUCCCUUGGAGAAAAUCUACGAUCUCGUCACCGACAUGAGAGCGCACCUCGGAAACCGAGCAAAGAACGUAGUGGGCUACGGCCAUGUCGGUGACGGCAACCUUCAUUUGAACGUCGUGUCUCCCUGUAAAGACGCAGCACUUCUGGCAGCCAUCGAGCCAUACGUGUACGAGUGGACACGGAAAUGGCAGGGAAGCAUCAGCGCCGAGCACGGCCUCGGGCUCAAGAAGAGAAACUACAUCUACUACAGUAAAUCUCAGGAAACUGUACGCCUCAUGAGGGACUUUAAGAACAUGCUGGACCCCAAAGGGAUUCUCAAUCCAUAUAAGACACUUCCUGAUGAGGUCCGCUGAUGUACAAAUCUCAGAAUGAGCCUAACCGGACCAAAAGCCACCACUGCAGUAAUUUACUGUACAAAUUGUAAGGACGGGAGAACCAGAAAGCACUACUAAGCUGUUUUAAACCCAGCGUGAGAUUUUAUUGUAACUUAUGUAAAUACAAUGGAUUGUGUCUUUCUUACCAAGGAACUUUUUAGGCAAUAAAGGGAAUUAUUGUG